AUAAGUUGCCAAGCAGUGCAAAGAUCUCCCAAACUAUCAUAAAUAUUUCUGUCUUUUGUUGGAAAUUCAUGAAAGAGAACUUUCAUUAUGUGAUCAACUUGUCAAGAACCGUGCACGGAACGUUCAAAUGAGGAAUUACCAAAGAAACUUCCAUCAAUGUCUUGGCAAGAAAAUUCAAAGUCUUGAGUCAAUGCUUGUCAUUAUCUAUAAUAAUUAAACCAUCUUCUUAUAAAACUGGUUUUACAAACUUUCUUCACCUCAGCUUCAUUUCCUUCUACCUUCAACCUUCAGAAAAUCAUGGCAAGUACUGAAGAACAUCAAAACUUGAUCAAGGUUGAAGAAGGAUGGCCGGUUCUUCAAAAGGGAGUAGACAAACUGAUUAAGAUAAUAGAAGGUGAUAAAAAUCAAAGUUUCUCGUCUGAAGAUUACAUGCUUUACUACACAACUGUGUAUAACAUGUGUAAUCCAAACCCUUCCGGUGGUAUUUGUCAGGUAUUAUAUGAGAAGUAUAACAACAUUUUUGAAGAGCACAUCACUAGCAAAGUUUUGCCAUCUUUGCAAGGAAAGAAAGAUGAAGCUCUGCUACAAGAAUUAGUGAAAAGAUGGUCAAAUCACAAAACUAUGACCAGAUGGCUUUGCAGAUUCUUUCAUUAUCUGGAUAGAUGCUUUGUUCCCAUGAGGAAGGUUCCUCCACUCCAAGAACUUGGCCUUUUGUCUUUCUAUAAUUUGAUACUUGGAGAAAUGAACAAUCAAAUCAGAGAUGCUAUAAAGUGUAUGAUUGAUUGGGAGCGUGAAGGAGAAGACAUUGAUCAGGCCCUGAUAAAGAAUGUUACAGCUAUAUAUGUUGAUGUUGGACAAGGAUCAAUGAAAUACUAUGAAAAAGAUUUUGAAGAAACCAUGUUUAAAGAUACUGCCGCAUUCUAUUCCACCAAGGCCUCUAACUGGUUAAAAAAUGAAUCUUACAAGGAUUACAUGCUUAAGGUUGAAUGCUGCUUGAAACACGAAAGAGACACAGUUUCUUGCUAUCUGCAGAACAGAAGCCAAAAGAAGCUACUCGAGAUUGUAGAAUAUGAAUUGCUAUCUGUGCAUGCAACUGAAUUGCAAGAGAAGAACAGCCUGACGCAUCUCCACUGACAGAAAAACAAAUCUGAU